UAAAAACAUAACUAAAUUCAAAGAAGUAAAUUAAAAGUUAAAACCCAAAAAUAUCUCAGUGAACUCGGCUGAAUUCCGAUCGUCAUCAAUGGCGGCCGCCGCAUUUCUUCGAAUUCCGUCCACAUCCCUUUCCCUCCCACUCCAAUCCUCCCGCCCAAUCUCUCCCCGCGUUUCCAAAUCCCUAAUUUUCAAAGUCAAGGCAUCGACAUCCGUUGACUACUCCUCCCCGACGAAGCCUCUCUCCACGACCAAUUCCGGCAGCUGGAAGUGGAAAUACGGCGGAAAUUCCGUCAAUAUCCACUUCGAGCGUCUCGAGAACGGCGGCGCCGGCGCCGAUCAGCCACGGAAGGACAUCCUUCUGGUGCCGACGAUUUCCGAUGUCAGCACCGUUGACGAGUGGAGAGGCGUUGCUGAGGAGAUCGUCGGGAGGGACGGCGGCGGGAUCAAUUGGAGCGCGACGAUUGUGGAUUGGCCUGGGCUGGGAUACUCGGACCGGCCGAAGCUCGAUUACAAUGCCGAUGUGAUGGAGAGGUUUUUGGUGGAUUUCGUCACUGCGCCGGAUAGCCCCGUCGCCGGAUUCGUUGCAGAUAACGACUAUGUGGUCUUCGGAGGAGGGCAUGCUGCAACGGUAGCUGUUAAGGCAACAAGAAAAGGUUCCUUGAAGCCAAAGGCCAUUGCUGCCGUUGCACCAACCUGGGCCGGGCCCCUUCCCAUCGUGUUUGGUAAAGACUCGAGUAUGGAAACUAGGUACGGCCUUCUAAGAGGGACAUUGAGGGCUCCUGCUCUGGGCUGGAUGAUGUACAACGUUCUUGUCAGCAACGAAAAGUCAAUCACGUCGCAGUACAAAUCCCACGUGUAUGCCGACCCACAAAACGUCACCCCUGAUAUAAUUGACAGCCGAUAUGCACUCACCAAAAGAAAGGGGGCCCGUUAUGUGCCAGCUGCUUUUCUGACUGGAAUGCUCGAUCCAGUGGGUUCCAGAGAGGAGUUUGUUCGACUAUUCGCAGGACUAGAGGGAAACGUGCCAGUCCUCGUUGUCUCAGCCACGGAUGCACCAAAAAGGUCAAAAGCUGAAAUGGAGGCUCUAAGGGGAGCAAAGGGUGUAAGCAAAUUCGUGGAAGUCCCGGGCGCUCUUCUGCCUCAGGAGGAGUAUCCGAAGGCUGUUGCCGAAGAACUGUACAGGUUUUUGCUGGAGAAUUUUGAAUCGAAAGCUUAAAGAAACUGAGAAAGAGAGGUAAAUCAUCACAUCAAAGUCAUAUAUAUACAUUUCUUUAGUGUGUCAUGCUCUUAUGUGUGAUAGUUUUGUUGGUUAAAAACAUUAAACAUUUACUUGUAGACUUGCAAUUCUGAUGUUAAACGUUCCAUUUGUUUGCUUUGA